AUGAAUAGACUAUUCGGUUAUGGGAACAAGAAGUCCCACGAUCAACUUCUCCAAGAAUCCAAUCAAGCCAUGAAUCAGGCACAACAAGGUUUGCAAAGCAGAGUCUCACAACUAGACACACAGAUAUCUCAGCUAAAUUUCCAACUACAAACUAUUCAAAGAAAGAUCUCAUCUUCUAAAUCAAGUUUGGGUCAAAGACCUCUAAGGCAACAGGCUUUGAAAUUAUUAAAUAAGAGGAAACAAUUACAAGGGAUGAGAGACUCGCUUGAUUCACAAUCUUGGUCGAUGACACAGGCACAAUUGACUAGCGAUAAUUUACAAAAUACAAUGGUCACGGUGAAUGCCUUAAAGCAAACGAAUAAGGCAUUGAAGGCCCAAUAUGGGAAAAUUAAUUUGGAUAAACUACAGGAUAUGCAAGAUGAGAUGUUAGAUUUGAUCGAACAGGGAGAUGAAUUACAAGAUAUGUUGGCUUCCGCAUCGCCUAUGGGGGAAGACUUGGAUGAGAUUGAUGAAAGUGAAUUGGAUGCAGAGUUGGAUGCUCUAGCUGAGGAGGAUUUCACUGCUGGGAUGGAAGAUGCUAAUUCUAUACUGGAGAGCAAUGGACCUGCAUCCUACCUAGGCGGAGCUGUCCCACAGUUUAUUGAUGAGGAACCUUCAACUGAAGAUGCCGAAGCAGCAAAGAAGCUAGAGAGUGCUCAGUGA